AUGACGAUGACUUGCUGGUUGGGUGAUGGGCCAUCGCGUAUGCCAACGACAUCGUUCAGCUACUAUUCUGUUUCUGGAUUGGUCCUCGACGAAACAGGUCGCGUCCUUAUGGUUCGCGAGCAGCCCCAGCAUCGCCGCGUAUCCUUUUGGAAAUUCCCCGGUGGUGUGCCUGAACCAAAAGAGGAUUUGCUUAGGACGGCUGAAAGAAAGGUUCUUGAAGAAACUGGAAUUGUCGCUAAGGGCGAAGCCGUCAUCGGUCUGAGACAGAGACUUCGCACGGAGUACAAGGACUCGAGUGGCUUCUUUUUCGUGUGUCUGAUGAAAAGCGUCGGAGAUGCUCAAAUUGGCCUUGCUGAAUCUGACUUUAAUGAGAUAGCUGAAGUGAGAUGGUUCACAAGGGAGGAGAUUAACUCGAUGCCAAGGCAAGAGUUUUUAAGUCACCAUCACACCAUUUGGCAGACCUACCUGAAAACUCUUGAGGACGUCGGGGGAAAGGAAUUGUAUGAAGCCACCAAAAAAGACGUCACUUCGAAGGUGUUCAACUUCAGCUCCUUUUAA